AUGCGGAUGGCAGUCAAGGCUGCAGGCGCCUCUGGAUGGGAAGCUGACGACUGGACGAUCCUGUUAGCCUAUGGUUUCCUUAUCGCUUUCGUGCCGAUGAUCGCGUAUGAGGGAAGGAAUGGCUCUGGUCAGAACAUGUGGUCUCUGUCAGCAGAUCAAAUCACCAGCUAUUUCAUCAUCCGCGGCCUGAAUAUGGAGUGGAAGAAGAAGUCUAGCCUGGUGUUCAUGUUCAGCCUAGGGCUUUUUCUCACUGCUGUCAGCUUAGCUAGGAUGGUACUCCUCAUCGACUACCAUCGAGGAUCAAACAAGUUCAUAGGCAAGUCUCUCUCACAUCAACAUCUGGCUAUUGGCAUUUACUUACACGCGCGGCUACCAGUGGACUCGCAGCCUAUUUCUACUUGGUCGCUCGUCGAGAUUGGUGUAGGUAUCUUCACGGCCUGUACGCCUAGUAUUCGACAGUUUUUCCGAGUCUUCAUCUUCAGACGCCAAGAUGGAAGGGUCAGUUUGCAUUCGCACAUCCAUGGCAGGAAUUCUGAGGGCGCCGUUGAGGAAGUCCACUCUUCAUAG